AUGAAGAGCAAUUGUGAUAUUGGAAUGAUUCAGAGCCAAUGCCCUCUAACCUGUGAAAUCUGCCACCGGACGGACCCCAACCUGUGUAUGGAUACCAAUUUGGAGUGUGACAAAUUUCCCAACCAGUGUGACUUUGUGAAAUACCAGGGAAUCUGCCCGAAAACGUGUGGUACUUGUAAGAAAGCUAGUACAGUAUUACCAAGGACUACAGUAAUCUCUGAUUGUGUGGACCAUUUAAUAGAAUGUCCCCAAUUUUCCAAGCCCUGCAGUGAUGGAUUAGCAAUACAAUGUCCACUCAGUUGUGGGGUUUGUAAUGGAACUACAAUAGUUCCACGGACUACAGUUCCCCCAAGGACUACUGUACUCCUAAAGACUACAGUAAGGACUACAGUACCCCCACCAACUACAAAAACUACAAAAAAGCCGACCCCAACAACUCCAAAACCACCAUGCAAGGAUGCGUCGCCAAAUUGUGUCGGAUGGGCAAAAAAUGGAUUCUGUACCAACACAUUCUAUCCACCGGAGAAGAGAAAAGAAUAUUGUGCCAAAACUUGUAAAUAUUGCUAA